AUGAGACAGAAGCAUAGCAGGUCCAGUGGGGCGGGGUGGCAGCUGCGCUCGCCUCUUUGGUCCAUAGAGGCAUCAGACUCCUCCACAGACUGCAGUGGACUCCUAUCAUUGGUCUAUGCUCGAUCCUGGGCUGUGUGUACGCGACUGCUGCUGCUACUGCUGCUGCUGCUGAGCCAGAGGGAUGCCAGACUUCCCUGCGCUAGAUCUCGAAUUUUACGCAAGAAGGUGACUCGAUACGCCGAUCCAGGUCGUCGCCUGGAGCCGACAGAAGAGCUGCACUGCUAUCCUACCGAUACCAGCUCAACCUUGAAUGAAAAUGCAUGA